AUGUUUCAAGCUGAUAUGCGGGAGAAGAAGGAAAAUAUAGUCGAGAUCGAUUAUAUGAAGCCUGAGGUUAUGAAGGAAGUGUUAAACUUCAUUUAUACGGAUAAUAUAGCUUUCGAUUUAGUGCAGAUAACAGAUGUUUUAGCUGCCGCUGAUAAAUACCAAAUCGAGGGCUUAAGGAUCGUGUGUCUCGAGACGAUAGUAUCCGGACUGAGUAUCGAGAAUGUUGUAGAGGUAAUCGCUAUUACUGAUUGUUAUGAGAUUCCCGAACUACGAAAUUACACGAUUAAUUUUUUGGCUCUUGAUCGGGCAAAGAUUAUUGCCGAGAAAGAUUGGGAUGAAGUAAUGAAGUCUCUGCCGCCACCAAUACUUAUGAAACUGACAACAGUGCUCAUGCAGCAAGUGUGA